CCUGGAUAGUGCAGAAAACAGCUAAAUUUCUGUAACAGCUUAUUUUCCACCUCUGUGCCCAUGAAGUGGCGUAGAUUUAUCUGUGACAGAACAGCCUUGCCGCCAUUGGGUGGUAAACCUUCAACUCUCCUUGUUUAGAAUCAGGGUCAGCUCCUCCAAGGAGCCUUUCCACCAAUUAGGCUUUCUGGACCUGAUUAACACUGGAUCAGGGAAUUGUCUGAUGUCUGACCUUGAGCAGCAGCUUCCCUACUUCCCUUUUAUUUUUGGAAUCAUUUUGCACAGCCUUGGACCCUAAGAUUCAUCCUCAGCAGGCUUGAUUGCAUUAGCAGGCUCCUUUUAUUAGUAUCCAAAGGGUUUCGGCCCCAGUGACCUGUCAUCUGUCCCCUCACCCGCUUCCAUGCUGAUUCAUUGAUGAGCUGGCAUCGCAGGCCCCGCCUCCCUGUGAGUGGUCUGCGAGUUGCCAUCGGUUUUGAAGAGGGGAUGCAGAGCUGAACCACAGUGGGUUACUACAAGUGUGAAGGGCAGCCUAUCUGUUGCCACGGAAGAACUUGGUGACCAUUCUGAGAGGCAGCCCUUUCUCACCAGCCUGUUACUGUUCUGUCUCGGCUGCUCUAGCUUGGGAAAGGAAUUUCUGAUUCAGGCACUCACAGCUAAUUCCACAGGAGUUGUAAAGCAGCCUGUGACAUAAACUGAGACAGAAGUUUCCCCUCAGAGACUGUCUUUUUGUUUCUUGGCAAAGACUUCUGGCUCUCCUCAGAGGAAUACCUUGUUGCUUAAGAUGAGUGGCUGUAGAAAGCGGUGUAAACGUGAAAUAUUGAAAUUUGCCCAGUAUCUUCUCAGACUAUUAACAGGUUCUCUUCAUACAGACAGCGUGGAAGAUGAGCUGGAGAUGGCCACCGUCAGGCAUCGGCCUGAGGCUCUCGAGCUUCUGGAAGCCCAGAGCAAAUUCACCAAGAAGGAGCUCCAGAUUCUUUACCGAGGAUUUAAGAACGAAUGCCCCAGCGGUGUUGUUAACGAAGAAACCUUCAAAGAGAUUUACUCACAAUUCUUUCCGCAGGGAGACUCGACAACGUAUGCACAUUUCCUGUUCAACGCAUUUGACACAGACCACAAUGGAGCAGUGAGUUUUGAGGAUUUCAUCAAGGGUCUUUCUAUUUUGCUCCGGGGGACAGUACAAGAAAAACUCAACUGGGCAUUUAACUUAUAUGACAUAAAUAAAGAUGGCUACAUCACUAAAGAAGAAAUGCUCGACAUAAUGAAGGCCAUAUACGACAUGAUGGGCAAAUGCACGUAUCCCGUCCUCAAAGAAGACGCUCCCAGACAACACGUGGAGACAUUUUUCCAGAAAAUGGACAAAAAUAAAGAUGGAGUUGUUACUAUAGAUGAGUUCAUCGAAAGUUGCCAAAAAGAUGAAAACAUAAUGCGCUCCAUGCAGCUCUUCGAAAAUGUGAUUUAACUUGUCAAAUACAUCCUCGAUCAGACAAAUGUGAACUGUUCUACCACACUUACAAGUUGGAGCUACCACUUUUAGCAUAGAUUGCUCAGCUUUACACUGAGGCAUAUUAUGCAAACCAGCUUUGUUUAUUAUGAAGCAAUUCCCAAAAGAUUUGAGUUUCCCACUUUUAAAUUUGCAUCCUUUUCAUAAUGCCCCUGAGUUAGUUCACGGGAUGGUUUCAGUCACGUCACACCCUGUGAAUAUUCACGAGUAAUAGAAUCUGGCAUAUAGUUUUAUUGGUACUUUAGCCAUGGGAUUAUUAAGACCUUCCCAUUAUCAGUGACUUUAAAUUUAUUUUAUUGUUUUUUGCUACUCAUUUGGAUGUACUCAACCCCAGGAUUUUAAGUGGUUUUCUAAAAUACUGGCAUGUGCAUUUAAUUUCCAGAAAUUAAUUUUCACGUUUGUAGGCUGCAGGUCUACUCAUGCACUACAAGUAAACAGGAUUACCCCAGUUUAAGAAAGCAAACCCAUGGCCCCGGUGUCUAUGGAUUUGCCACCUUCUGUUCAAAACAUCCAUUUACCUGGCAUUUUUCAAAAACAAAUUAGUUUAACACCAAGUGUCAGCAUAUGCCUAAUAGCUUAUUUAAUAAGCAUUUCUUAAUUUUUCAUAAGUACACAUUAUAGCUAAGGUCUGGACGAUGUAUAUAAUUUUGGAUUUGUUCAAUCUUCCAGGUUGACUGUUUUCUACUGUCAUUAAGUGGAAGUCCAAGGUGCGAAACAAAGUGAGGAUGUUUAUAGGCAUAUGCCAAGGGGCAGGAUAUCUGUCCUUCAGGACCCAGGAAUGCUUAAUAAGAAGUAAAUUUUAGCCCUGGCUGGUGUGGCUCAGUGGAUUGAGUGCUAGCCUGAGAACCAAAGGGUUGCCAGUUCGAUUCCCAGUCAGGGCACAUGCCUGGGUUGCGGGCCAGGUCCCCAGUAGGGGGCACAUGAGAGGCAACCACACAUUGAUGUUUCUCUCCCUUUCUCCCUCUGUUCCCCUCUGUCUAAAUAUAAACUCUUCUAAAAAAAGAAGUAAAUUUUAACAGCAUUGAAAGCCGAUUGCACCCCUUGCCCUGACUUCCUCAUGGCAUGUUUAUAAAUUCAUGCCAUCAGGGACAAAGAAACCUCCAUUUCCCCGAUGUGUGCUAGAAACAAGCAAAAAUCACUUUGAAAACACCAGUGAUUCCAUUAUAGUGAGAACUCCAAUACCAAAACGUAGUUGACAAUGAAUACAAGUGCUAAGCAACUUAUCUGGCCUGUGUCAUGAUUUAGCGUACCAUAAAACUCCCAUAAUGCUGAUUCUUUUUAACUCACUUAAGCCAAAAUUGUCAAGUUGCCACAUUACUAAAGAUACACACACCUUCAGUUUUGCAGAAAUAUCACAGAGACCAAGAGGCGACAGGAGGAGGAAACUUGCGACUGUCUUUGCGACAACAAAUCAGGUAUCUAUUCUGGUGUAGAGAUAGGAUGUGGAGAGCUGCCCUGCUAGCACCAGUGUAGAAGUUCAAAGUAGUACAAUACAUGUACACUGAAAUCCGCCAUCGCGUGUUUGUGUAAACUCGACGUGCACAUUUUGUAUUUCAAGAAGAAAAAAUAAAAGCAAAUAAAAUGUUUAUAACUCUA